AGGUACAGGUUAGACAUGCCACGCUUGCUCUAGAAGCCUGAGCUCAGACGACCAUUUCAAAAGAAAUAUUUAUCAACAGUGAUUGCAGACGUUCCCAUCACAACCACUGUUCAGUCAUGGACCACACUCAGCAGUCAAGGAAAGCUGCAGAGGCCCAACCUUCACGAUCAAAGCAAACAAGGUUCUGCGAUGGAUUCAAGCUAUUUUUGGCAGCCCUCUCCUUCAGCUACAUAUGCAAAGCACUAGGUGGAGUUGUUAUGAAGAGUUCCAUCACCCAAAUCGAAAGAAGAUUCGACAUACCAUCUUCCAUUUCUGGUUUGAUUGAUGGAGGCUUUGAAAUUGGGAAUUUAUUAGUUAUUGUAUUUGUGAGUUACUUUGGAUCCAAACUACACAGGCCAAAGCUGAUUGGAAUUGGCUGCUUCAUCAUGGGCAUUGGGAGCAUUUUGACAGCGUUGCCACAUUUCUUCAUGGGAUAUUACAAGUAUGCAAAAGAAAACGACAUUGGCUCUCUAGGCAACUCUACAUUGACCUGUUUCAUCAAUCAAAUGACAUCACCCACUGGACCUUCACCUGAGAUAGUGGAGAAAGGUUGUGAAAAGGGGUUAAAGUCACACAUGUGGAUUUAUGUCUUGAUGGGGAACAUGCUUCGUGGGAUAGGGGAAACACCAAUAGUGCCCCUGGGAAUUUCCUACCUUGAUGACUUUGCAAAAGAAGGGCACACUUCCAUGCACCUAGGUACUCUGCAUACUAUAGCAAUGAUUGGACCAAUCCUUGGCUUUAUCAUGUCAUCUGUGUUUGCUAAGAUAUAUGUAGACGUUGGAUAUGUAGACCUGAACAGUGUCCGAAUAACUCCUAAUGAUGCUCGUUGGGUUGGUGCCUGGUGGCUCAGCUUCAUUGUGAAUGGACUAUUAUGCAUUACUUCUUCCAUACCCUUCUUUUUUCUGCCCAAAAUUCCAAAGAGGUCACAGGAGGAAAGGAAAAAUUCAGUAUCUCUUCAUGCACCCAAAACAGAUGAGGAGAAGAAACACAUGACUAAUUUAACAAAGCAAGAGGAACAAGAUCCUUCCAACAUGACUGGUUUUCUAAGGUCUCUGAGAAGCAUCCUUACCAAUGAAAUAUAUGUUAUAUUCUUGAUACUGACGUUACUACAAGUCAGCGGCUUCAUUGGCUCCUUUACUUACCUGUUCAAGUUCAUAGAGCAGCAGUUCGGCCGGACAGCAUCUCAGGCCAACUUCUUGUUAGGAAUUAUAACCAUACCUACUAUGGCAACUGCAAUGUUUUUAGGAGGAUAUAUUGUUAAAAAAUUCAAAUUGACAUCGGUUGGAAUCGCCAAGUUUGUAUUUUUCACCUCCUCAGUGGCCUAUGCGUUUCAGUUCUUAUAUUUUCCUCUACUCUGUGAAAACAAGCCAUUUGCUGGCCUAACCUUGACCUACGAUGGAAUGAACCCAGUGGACUCUCACAUAGAUGUACCACUUUCUUAUUGUAACUCGGACUGCAGUUGUGAUAAAAAUCAAUGGGAACCCAUCUGUGGGGAAAAUGGAGUCACUUACAUUUCACCUUGUCUGGCAGGAUGCAAAUCUUUUCGUGGUGAUAAGAAGCCGAAUAACACAGAGUUCUAUGACUGCAGUUGUAUCAGCAACUCUGGAAACAACUCAGCACAUUUGGGUGAAUGCCCAAGAUACAAAUGCAAAACCAACUAUUACUUUUAUAUAAUUCUUCAAGUCACUGUGUCCUUUUUCACUGCAAUGGGAAGCCCAUCUUUAAUCUUGAUUCUGAUGAAGAGCGUCCAACCUGAAUUGAAAUCACUUGCAAUGGGUUUCCAUUCACUGAUUAUUCGAGCACUAGGAGGGAUUCUAGCUCCAAUCUAUUAUGGGGCAUUCAUUGACAGAACGUGUAUUAAGUGGUCUGUCACCAGCUGUGGAAAACGUGGUGCAUGUAGGCUAUAUAACUCCAGAUUAUUUGGAUUCUCCUACUUGGGUUUGAACUUAGCUUUAAAAACUCCACCACUUUUUUUAUAUGUUGUAUUAAUUUAUUUCACAAAGAGAAAAUAUAAAAGAAAUGAUAACAAGACAUUGGAAAAUGGAAGACAGUUCACAGAUGAAGGAAACCCAGAUUCUGUAAAUAAAAAUGGAUACUAUUGUGUACCUUAUGAUGAACAAAGCAAUGAAACACCUCUUUAAGGAAAGAGAAAGAUACAUCUGUUGCUGUGUUUUCAAAUACCCCCGGGGUUCUUUCACUGAAAUUUUUCAUACUUUAUAUGUAAUAGAGAAUUUAUAACCCUAUGCAUUUAUAAUUAAACAAAUUGCAAAUCAAAAGAAAUAAGAGAACCCUUGUUAGGGUAUAGCUGUGCAUUUGUAGCUAAAGAUUUGGAGAUAUAUAAACAGGUAUUCGCUUAAGCAUUUAUAACUCAAUAAAAUAGAGAAUGGGGCAAGGAUGGACAAAGGGGAAAGGGACUGUGAAAAAUUGUUGUCUUUAAAAAUCAAAAUUUGAAUCGUACUAUUCAUGCCAGAAGCUUCUGUGAUAGGUGACUUCAUGAUGUGGCAUAUUCUGGUAUCCCCGGUAAGUCAAAUAUAUAUAUAUAUAUAUAUAUAUAUAUAUAUAUAUAUAUAUAUAUAUAUAUAUUUUUUUUUUUUUUUUUGGAGCUGGGGACCGAACCCAGAGCCUUGCGCUUGCUAGGCAAGUGCUCUACCACUGAGUUAAAUCCCCAACCCUAAGUCAUAUAUUUUUAAUUAUUAAUUUUAAAUUGUGUUUAAUGACAUAUCCAUCUUCUUUGUACAUACUGUACAGAAUAUUGAGAAUAAAACAGAGACGUUUAGGAUGUGAGAUAUCUCUGUCUAUCUCUAUCUCUACCCCUAGCUUCACCUCCUUCUCUGUCUCCAUCUCCCUAUCUAUCUAUCUAUCUAUCUAUCUAUCUAUCUAUCUAUCAUCUAUCUAUCCAUCUAUGUAUCUGUCUAUCUAUUAUCUAUCUAUCUAUCUAUCUAUCUAUCUAUCUAUCUAUCUAUCUAUCUAUCUACAAUCUCCCCAAAUAUCUAAAAUUAAGAUAGAGUGAAUGAGACAGAUAUCUGUAGACACUGUAUUUUCUUGUGUGAUCAGAUCUAGUGUGGUGGAUGAUAGAAGUUGAACUUGCUUUAUUGCUAUGUGUUAAAAUAUUUUGUUUGCAUUAAAAUGGCCUAUUGAAAUGCUUUUCUGUUCCUAUAAUAAAAUAACCUGAUGAAAAAGUAACUCAGAAGACAAAAUUAUUUAUUUUGGCUUGCAGUUCUACACAUACAGUGUUCAUCCUGCUUGGAAAGACAUGUCAAUAGGCACAGAAGGCAUGGUGAUAAGAGCAGGAAAAUGGCUGAUCACCUUUCAUUCGCUACAGGAAGCUGAAACAGAGUGAAAAGGAAUUGGGCAAGACUAUAAAACCUUAAAUCUUUAACCCAGUGAAAUUCUCCCUCCUAAAAUUUCCAGCACAAUGAUCAUAACUGGAGACCAAAUGUGUGAAUACAUUAGGUAUGGGGAAUAAUUUUUAAUCAAACUCUCACACAUGUAUACACAUGAAUGCUCAUAGGUUUCACAUGUACAAAAACUAUAGUACUAUUCUAGAGAUUCUGAUUCGAAACAUCUUUGGCAUAGUCUGAAUUAAAUUCUUUAGAAAAUAAUUCCUCAUGUGACAGAAGUUUUUGACUGAUGAUUGAAGUGGAAAUUUUUUAUUUCUUUGGAGACACAGUUGUGUUGUGUGAUGUUUUGGAAACUGUCUCACGAGAGCAUGUUUUGUUGAAGCAGGCAUGUGAGAGGAUGAUUUUUGCUGAAGAAGACACGUGGGAGAAUGUUUUACUUAGAACAGACACAUGGUAUUUUUCCAGAAGCUGCCCAGAAAAUGGACAUAAGAUGUUUUGCUAGAGCAGACACUUGAGAGAACAUGCAAUGUUUGGAAAAAGUUUAAAUAUAACCCAACAGACAGUGAAUGAUACUGUGUGGCACUGGUUGACCUUGCCACUUUUUGCCGGUCUUCCUUGGGCUUCAAUGAUGUUGGUCUUCACUGACAACACUGUGGUACUGGUUUGCCUUGCCUUUUUUACUCACUUCACAGAAAGAAAUGCACCAAAGAACUUACUAUGAUAUUCUGGCAGCUUCUUGCCAUUUCUGUGGACUCAGUCAACUGGCAGAGCCCAGUGGUUUCUGUUGGAUCAAACUGCCAUUGCUUAUUUCUUAAUUGUGUUUGUGAGUAGACUGAGCUACUGCUGUGGACUGUGUGAACUGAACCCAUUGAUAUUCUGACAAUGAAGAUUGGAAUUGCUCCAAAGAACUUUUCCUAAUCAGGUUCACAUAAACUUUUGCUCUACUAACAUUUCCUUUCUACUACCUCUGGUGGGUGGCAAAUUAGAAGCAUGAUAAAAGCAUUUAAGAACCCUUAUUAAAGUAGGUUUUUAAAAAUAUAUGCCUACGAAAUAUAGUAUAGCAAGCUCAUUCAAUGUGAGUCCUUGCGAGUAGCUUGGAACUGAUAUGGAAGUCACCUGCCAUUCUGCUAUGGAACAUAACAAAGAUUAAUUAAUAAUACACGAAGAAAUCUGUGAAAAACAUCACAGGCUAGGUCAGGGAGCAUCAUCUUUUUCUGGGGCCAGAGGGAUGACAUUAUUAAUAUUUUUUAAAGCUCAAGAAUUUUAAUAGAAUUUAAAAGAAAAACUCAUGGUAGGUUAGCUAUAACUCUCAAUGUCUGCCUGAAGAAGAUUGAUGGAGAGGAGUAAGAGAGAAAAACUCUGCUUGCAAGUAGUUACAUGGGGGUCAGAGAGAAGAGAUGUCAGGUAGCUCCAGAAACAAAGGAUAAGAUAGCCCAGCAUGUCCUGGAAGGCAAAGCAGCACUAUCUGAGUUUGAUUUCUGGUUCUGUAAUAAACAUUGACCAAAGGCAACUUGAGAAAAAUAGUUUAUUCCAGCUUACAAGCUAUAAACCAUCAAUGAGGAAGUCAGAGUCAAAACUUCAGGCAGGAACCUGGAGGCAGAAACCUAAGCAGACUCCAUGAAGAAAAAUAAUUGCAUCGAUCUCCAUGGCUUGAUCAGUGUACUUUCUUGUAUAUCUCAGGACCACCUGCCCAGAUGAAGCCCAAGUCAAAAUGGACUUGGCUCUCCACAUCAAUCAUUAAUGAAAAAAAUAGACUAUAGACUUGCUUAUAGUCCAAUUUAAUGGGGUCAUUUUCUCAAUUAAGAUUCCAUCUCCCAGAUAUAUCUAGCUUGUGUCAUAUUUAUAAAACUCUAACUAGGACAGAGUGGUCAUCUAACUCAGGUAAGAUCUUCACCUGAGUUUCUACAUGUCCUUCUGCCCACCACAGCAUAUGUACUUCUCCUCUAGUUUAAUACAGUCUUGGGAAACCACUGCUGGUGUAUCUAGAGAGUAUAAUGUUACCUAAGGAAGUGACCCCAUCAAUGCAACUGUGGGAAGUAAUCAAUCUUUCUGGGCUGAGACUUUGGGGUGAUAUGGCUCUUUUGAGAUACCCUAUGUUCUGUUUACCUUUCACCCAUGUUCCAUUAACUAAGACCAAUAUGCUCACUGGUUCACCAAGAUAGACAGUGGAAUUGUUGUUUUAAUCUGUUACUGGUGCCUUGACUAGGGUUAAUAGACAUUAAUAGACAUCAUCCAAGUUUUUCAGGAAAAGAUAUAUAUAUAUAUACACAUAUAUAUGUAUAUAUAUAUAUAUAUAUAUAUAUAUAUCUCCUGAUGCAACAUUUUCUGAAUUCCUAUAGAUGUCUGCUUUUUUAUAUUUUUCUGUCUAAUACCCCGUAGGUUACAGAUAUUUAUACUAUUCUGAAACGAUAUAUUUAUAAGAAAAAAUUCUCAUUAAGCUUCUCAGUUUUUCUACCUCCAUGUGCAUAUACAUCUCCUGGGAAAAUUCCACAUAAUCCUGCUUAAAGUAAUUAAAGAUGGGCUUGUUAAAAGUUAAUAUUUCCUCAAAAUGAGAUUGGCAAGGUCAUUGAACCAUCACCUAUGGAUCCAGUCACUCCUUUCACAUAGUUGUUUGCCCUUAGUCCCUACUUGCAUUAUUCUUCUAGGUUUUCUGGAGAAAGUACUGUAUGAAAGUUAAAAAUGAAGAAUAAGUAUUGUCAAUGAUGGUGCUGAGGGUACCUGGAAGAGAAUGGGGGACAAGAGACACGAAGAAGGACGCCAAGACAAGAGUCUGAUCAAGGCGACAAUUUUAUUUUUCCCCAAGGCUGAAUUUAUCCCAUGACAGGGGUAACAUAGGGAGGGGGAAGUAAGAAACAUUUACGCAGGCCAAGGGCCCAAUAUUCAUGUGGUCAGGGAAUCGGCUGAUGUUGACAGGAUGUCAGAAAGGUUACAGGUUUGUCAUAUCUAUUGGUCAGCAGGAUGUUGGCUUUUCAGAAAGGUUACAGGUCAUCACAUUGGGUAUCUUGACAUCAGAUGUAUUUCUCAGCAAGGUCAGAGCUUUAUCAUAUCAUUAUUUGUCCUGACCACCAGAUUUGUAUUAGUUUUCUGCAAGUGGCUGGGGAUUUUCCAUGAACCUAGUCAUACUUAACUCUAACCAUAAUAAUAACAUCAAUAAUGAAGGACUUCAAGGGCAUUGCUCCCAACAAAUAUGGGUGCUAUGAUUCCAAGAAUGCAACAACUCCUAUACACACACUGUAGGGCUCCAGGUACUGUCUAACACCCUUUUAGGAAACAUUUUUUACAAGUGGUAAAUGUAUUUGUUUCGUUAUGUCUCAUUAUUUACGUGUUUUAAUCAAAAAGGCUUUAUGUAAAAAUUAAAGUGGCUAAGUGUAAUCACCAGAAGUCUAGUUUUUGUUUAACUUCUUCCUCCUUGCUUAGUUCUUAUUUAAAAAAAAUGAUUCAUCAUUUGAGGUCAUAGAUAUUCAAUACUCCGGUUGAAAUAUAAGCUUUACUUUUUAUUUCUCUCAGGUUCUGUAAGAUCAGUGUGUGUGUGUGUGUGUGUGUGUGUGUGUGUGUGUGUGUCUAUAAAAUUCUAAGCAAAAAGUUCAGCUUAACAUCUGCAACAAAAAGUUUAAUAAUUUAAAAUAUAUAGAGGUAACCUUAGUCUUCUACUUUCACUUAUGUGUAACUUGAAACCAAUUGUCAUUUGCUCCCUUUUAGACUAAAAGAGAAAUAGGUCUUCAAGGUAGUUUGGACUGAGAUAGAUUAUCAUAUACACAAGUUAUUUUACUAAAGAUUGUCUAAGAUUGGCUGUUUUUCCUGAGCUGUAACACUUGGGAGAAGGCUUCCCCACUGCCAAGCAAUCAUCAUUGGACAUUAGACACACCUGCCUGGUCAGGUUCCUGUGGCUUCCAGACUCACAUCAGAGCAUGGGCUCCAGACAUGGACACAGCCUCAGAAGCUGCAGGACCCAUGGCCCUAGCCCCCUGCCCUGUUCUUGUGGCACAAAGAUCUUUGUGCCUUUUCUAAGAGCAGUACAAUGUCCAGCAUUCUCAUCUGCAAUGGAGCCCUGUGGACCCUAUUUGUCCUGGGAUGAGCUUAACCAUCCUAGAUCUAGCAUACAGCAACUUGUGAUGCUACAAAUGGAAGAAGCAGAUUUCUUCAGACACCACCAUUCUGAACUUUGCCCUGUUCUCUCUGAACUUGUGUUUACUUGAGGCAGCCAGAUACCCCACCUGGAGAGGUAGAACAUGAACCACAGUGUAUGUUUUUAAGGUUAAGCUUAAAACAAGUAACUAAAAUCAAAUAAAGUAAAAUCUUAUACUUAA